UGUGAGAGUCCACGCUGGGAGAAAGUAGGUUAGCAGGGUAGACUGAGAGGAAAGCAGCUGGAGAGGGGGGCUUUCAUCGUGGGACGGAUCUGUCAGGAAACAAAAAUCAAAUAAAAGUUGACGCGGAUCGGGUCGUCGCGGCGCUGCGGAAACGAUGCGAGCCGGAGAGACUUCCCUCACUCUUUUAUUUUGCUCGAACUUGAUCGAGCGAUAAAAACGGGAGACUUUUGGACACUUUUUGGUUCUUUUUUGUGCAUCUUCAAUCUGAUUGCGACAAAAUUAAUAUUUAAAGAGCCUUUUUUAAAAUUAUUUUCCGCUCCUGGAUCCAGCGCUUAAUUCACCCCAACCUCUUUUUCCAACACUGGCCCCAUGUAGCCAAGUCUUCACCGUUCCUCCCAGAAAACAAAACACCAAAAUGAGAGCUCAAAUCGAGGUCAUCCCCUGUAAGAUCUGUGGGGACAAGUCCUCGGGAAUCCACUACGGAGUCAUCACCUGUGAAGGCUGCAAGGGUUUCUUCCGACGCAGCCAGCAGAACAAUGCCAUGUACUCUUGUUCUCGUCAGAGGAACUGUCUGAUCGACCGAACUAAUCGUAACCGCUGCCAGCACUGCCGUCUGCAGAAGUGUCUGGCUUUGGGCAUGAGCCGAGAUGCUGUUAAAUUUGGUCGUAUGUCAAAGAAGCAGCGCGACAGCCUCUACGCCGAGGUUCAGAAGCAUCAGAAGUCUCAGGAGUGUGCCGGCUCCGGCAGCGGGGAAUCUACUUCUCUGUCUUUCAGCGGGGAGGACGGCGUGUGUGGCAGCAGCACAGACGAUGGGGAAGAGGGUCUGAGCCGGUCCUACAGCAGCGGCGGCUCCACCUCCACACUCAGCGACCUAGAUGACAUUGCGGCGCUCCCUGACCUGUUUGACCUGCCGCUGACCCCCGAGGAGGCCAGCGAGUACUGCAGCCUGGAGCUGCUCGGAGGCGGAGGAGCGAGCACCGGGAACACCUCCAGCUCAUCAUCUUCUUCUUCGUCCUCGCCCAUGUCCAAUCAGAACUCCCCACAGCAGACCAUUCUGGACACAGCAGACACCAAUGGGAGCCAGCUUCUGCACACACACCAGCUGCUGGGGCGCAGACGUGCACUGUUGGACCAUCUGCCUUAUGACUGCUCAAUAACAGACCUUGAGAACAUCACACAAAGCAUUGUAAAGUCUCACUUGGAAACGUGUCAGUACAGUUCUGAAGACAUGAAGAGAUUCACCUGGGUCCAGUACUCGCCUGAGGAAACUCGGGCCUUUCAAAAUAAGUCAGCUGAGUGGAUGUGGCAGCAGUGUGCACACCACAUCACCAACGCCAUCCAGUACGUGGUGGAGUUUGCCAAACGCAUCGCUGGCUUUAUGGACCUGUGCCAAAAUGAUCAGAUCAUUUUGCUGAAAGCAGGCUGCCUGGAGGUCCUGCUCAUACGUAUGUGCCGCGCCUUAAACAGCAACAACAACACCAUUUUCUUCCACGGGAAAUUUGCUUCACCCCAGUUCUUCAAAGCCCUCGGCUGUGAUGAUCUGGUCAGCGCGGUGUUCGAGCUAGGGAUGGGACUCUGUCGGCUGCAGCUCUCUGAUGAGGAGAUGGCUCUGUUUAGUGCUGCUGUCCUUUUAUCACCUGAUCGUCCCUGGCUGACAGAAGGCCAGAAGGUUCACAAACUCCAAGAGAAAGUCUACCUGGCUCUGCAGCACAGUCUACAGAAGAAUGGUGCUUCUGAAGAGAAACUCGACAAGAUGGUGUCCAAGCUGCCCAUAAUGAAGUCUAUUUGUAACCUCCACGUUGAUAAACUGGAGUUUUUCCGGUUGGUCCACCCAGAGACCGCCUACAGUUUUCCACCGUUGUACCGGGAAGUUUUUGGCAGCGAGUUGUCUUUGCCAGACUCCACUGACAGCUAGACGGACGGAUAGACAGAUAGACAGACAGGAGAGAUGGGGAGAAUGUUAGGAGGUAGAGGAUCAAAAGGAGAGACAUAAAAUGUUAGAUAGGUUGAGCCUCAGCAACCAGCAAUUUGAGAGACAAUCCAGGACUUUAAAUAUGUCAUCUCCCGAAGUAGUCCUCCACUAUUCCAGCAGGGAUAAGCACCUUACACUACAGACCACACAUGCCCGUGUCCCUGUGUAUAUUGUAGCAAAGACAAAUAAACGGGCAUCUUAAUAAUGCCACAGCUGCCCGUGUGGCAUGUAAAAGGCUCCAAACUCUAAAAGAUAUGAAUGUACCUCAUCAGACAGCACCAGUGCACAAGCAAGAACCCAACAACAGUGAAUGUACAGUCCUGUCAUGCUAAAACAAAGUUUCACAUGUAGAAUAAGCGUAAAGUUGGUCCUUCACUGUUUAUCCAAACAAGCAGCAUCUUUUCAUCGACCCUCACUUAGGGACCAAGAUCACAGAUCAGAGUUUUCUCUGAUUUAAAUAGAAACACACAACGUGAUCCACAACUCAGAGUAAACUUAGUAAUUAGCUCAAGCACAGUUAGACACAUUUUCAGUCCACGGUGUUCGGUGCUGCCUUUCAUAGGCUCUUGUAAUGCAAAGAUAAACCUCAGUCCCACACACCCCUUUCCUUGUAAAUGCCACUUAGAGACAGAAACUAUCUGUAAUAUAUAUAUACACAUUUACAAAACGUAUAUUUUAAAUAAGAAUGUAAAUAGGUAACUAAGUAUGUGGAGAGAGUAUGAGUGAGGGAGAAGGAAGAUAGUAAGGUAGAAGAGGACGCACAAAGUGAUGUGAGGAAUGCUGAUAUUUGGACUCAGACCUAUUUUCGGGAUUUUUUUCCCCUCUUUUUGGCAGUAUUCUCAGGUUUCCUAGGCAACAACCCACCCCUCUUGGCGUAAAGGCAAAGCGUGCCCAUCCUGCAACCGAGGUGCUUGACACUUGUUGCUGAUUUGACACAGCGGGGGAGGCAGCACACUCAAACGCGGGCAGUUAAAAGAAAAAUAACCUGCUUUUGGAAAUGUGAGUUUCCACUCAGCACUGCUGCUGCCCACCCAGGCUAAAACAGACAAGAGGACAAACUGGACACUAAGGACUAAAGAAAGCAAGGCAAAAGGAUGACUUCAGGGACUGUGUGAUAAACGAGGGAACACCGGGUCUCCCUGCCUGUUUCUAACCAGCAGUCUGAACAAUACAAACCCACUUCUGUAACUAUUUCACUCCAAGUGUUUCAGUUCAGGCUGGGAAUCAAGGCGGUCCAUAUGCACCAUGACCCUCUCGGCUGGUUGGCGCACUUGUAUUAUUUUGUACAUUAGGAGUUUCUCUCCUCUUUGGUCCUGAACCCGACACUUUUCCAAAGCACUUAUACUUUCCUCUUUCUCACCAGACACAGAGUCAGACAGAGCUACCAGCUGCCCCCCUGAGUUUAGCUUCCAUGCCAGUAAGACAGAAGUCAGUUUGUUGUUAGUUUAUUUUCAACGUCUUUCACACAUUUUCAGCCAUAAAUGUUUACAGUUUUCAUGUAUAUAACACAUUUUCUGAAGGUUGUUACGCAUUGAGAUGCUGAUCGUGUCUUACAUCGGGUGCUGUGAUGUUCUCGAGGAAAUGUCGAGGACCUACUGCCAGCUGCUCAGGGAGCUAGCUGCAAUCUCUUGUCCCUUUAUGAUAAAUAAAGAAGUGUUGUCUUUUAGCCUUGUACUCCCCACACCUUUGCACCUAAGAUCCGUAACCAUGAUCACUGUGGACGUACAGUAUGUUCUAUUUUUUGUGAACGUUGCUUACAAUGUGUGGAAGCCCUUCAUGUUUGUUCUAAUAUUGUAACAUUCAAUUUUAAAUUCAUAGGAUUGAACAAAAAAAAUCGGUUAGGAUUAAAGAUUAAUUUAAUUAUUGGAGUUAAUGUUUCUUUGCUGUGAGUUUCGGUUCUUCAUCAGUGUUUUCUCCACAGUUUUCUUUGUGUGUCUCCACUCUUUUUGUCUCCUAAAGCCAGUGGGGUUUUCCUUUUUAAUUUAAGAAAACUUAGAAAAAGUGCAAACAAACGUUACAUUUGUUUGACUCCCGUCUCUUUUACCUGUAUGAAAAAAAGCACAAGAGGUAUAUUACUAUUUCUAGAGUAACUCACACAGCUUGAUAUAUAUUGUUGUUCAAUUGGAUACAUUUUAUGUGGUUUUGAGAAUGUAAUAAAUUCUUUCUUUUUCUUUUAAAAA